GUCAGAUCGUAUCUAGAAUCUUAUUGGCCGUGGCAACUGUCACUCAAGCGUUAGGUCGUAUCCCCUGACAACCAAACAAGAGUGUUCUGCAGAACUCCAGAUAAAGUUUCAGCCAACGAGACCCCGUCAUCAGUUAAUUCGUCCAAAGAACAAAAAUGCCAGCGAGAAGUACAGCAAGCAGCGCGGGUAAUAAGAGCAGAGAUUACCCCAAGGACAUUUCCCCACUGGUGCUGACAUCGGCGACCCAGGAGCUCUUUGGUUGCUGCGCUGACCGAGACGUCACAAGGGAGAGUCCGCACAAGCUGCUGAAAAAAGAAGACAUCAUACAGGACAUUAAGAGAAGAGCUGCAGUGUCCGAUUUCAGCCCUGUGAAGCAGAUAGUGCUGGAGUAUCCGGAUGAGGAACUGUUGUUGGUGUUUGACAGAGACUUCACUUAUGGUCAGAGUUUUUACCUCGUUAUUACACCGGAAGCAAAGGAGNGUGUUUUGAAGCCCCCGCAGGCUGCAGUGUCAGAGGUGGUUGAACUAGAAAGAAUCAAAACUCCGGAACCAAAACAAUGGAUAUCACUUGGCAGUGAGCUGGAAAUCGAAGAAGAAACUGUUAAAGAGACGAGAGACAAGCUGCGGUACAGGUUUUCCAGAGUGCGAAGGAAGUUCGGAGCACCGGUCUGUUUCUCUGACCGUAACACUGCUGAUGCUAAGGAUGGCCACCUGGAGUGUGCUGCCUAUCCAGACAGCAGAUUCAGCAUCAAGCAGUUGCAGAGAGACUGUGGGAUUCAGGCUGUUCCCACACUGCAGAGCAGCACUGCUCAGACACAGUGGAAAUAUCAGAAGAACAUCUUCACCCAGUACAAGCCCAGAGAUUUGAGCGACCAAGAAAGGGAAAGUAUCGUCCAGAGUGAGAACCUGAAGAAUUUCUGCAGCUCAGUAACUUCAAGGUUAGUCACAAUACACAAUGAGCAGAUCACCAACGUGUUCUUCGAUGACUGGAAGGAUCUGGGAACGUCUCCUGAAGCUGACGACUGGUCUGGGAAGGUGUCCGAAGGUCUGACGCUCCAUCAGGCCUUCACUGACCAGGUGUACACGAAGGACAGAAGAAUCAGCUGUGUCAACUGGCACCCUGCUCUCUAUGGUGUGAUCGCUGUGGCUUUGACAGAAAAAAAGGAGCAGCCCUUUACGUUUGAUGCCAGACCCUCCCUUAUUGUCUUCUUCUGCUUCUCUGAUCCUUUUAAUCCACAGUUGCUGCUGGAGUGUCCAGAUGACAUUUUUGCCUUUGAGUUCUGCCCAUCGGAUCCAAACAUUAUCGUUGGCGGCUGCGUGAAUGGCCAGAUUGUGUUGUGGGACAUUUCUGCUCACGUCACCCAUCUACAGUGGACGCAGUCAGGUGGUAAAAAGGUCUCUGUGGACAAUGAGACAUUUGACCUGACUGACAUCAAAGAAAGUAAAACGCCUGUUGUCCGCUACUGUGCAGUGUCCGCCGUGGAGAGCAGCCACAAAACACGGAUUACCGACGUCCAGUGGCUGCCGCCAACAUUUGAGGUGACCAGGAUGGGCGUCCCAGUGGAGAACAAGUUCAACACCUCCGUUCAGGUCGUCUCCUGCUCUCCUGAUGGAACGCUAAUGUUUUGGGAUGUGCGUUUGCCAAGACUGCUGAGUCAGCACGCCGCUGAGAGGAAGCAGACCUCAGAUGAGAAGGCCCACCUGACGCCCUACAGUGUACCUGACACCUUCAAACACCUGGACCGCACAUGGAAACCUCUGUUCAGGGUUUCACUGCCAAAGAUCAAUACGAGUGGAGAGUACACACCUUUGAAGUUCAGCCUGGAACAACACUGCUGCGAUGGAACCACAGAGAGGAGGGCAGGAGAAGCUGAUGAAAAUGAUGAGAACUCCAACAACAUCCCAAACUUCAGCCAGCUGCGAAUUCCUUCAGCCAAAACCCUUCGAGCGCUGGAAGACAUUAACACUAAACUCUACAUUGGAACAGAGGAUGGAGAGAUUGUUUACACCGACUGGAAACUGGAGAAGGAUGAUUCAGGACGACUGCACAGUACCAAACCUCUUCACUGUUUCAACGCCCAUCACUGGUUAGUGAACUCAGUGCAGAGAUCACCUUUCUUCAGAGACAUUAUUCUAAGUACAGGAGGCUGGAACUUUGCCAUCUGGAAGGAAGGCGUCAUGGACGGGCCCCUCAUCUUCUCACACAGCUCUGAGCAGGUUUGUACUGCUGGAUGCUGGUCCCUAUCCCGACCUGCUGUCUUUUACAUCGGGAAGGACGACGGCAGCAUUGAUGUGUGGGAUCUGUUGGAGAAGACCAGUGAGCCGUCACAGGUCUACGCCCACGUCACCAAUGCCAAAAUUACCUGCAUCAAACCCUGGAGCACCGCCCCCAGGCAGCAUUUACUGGCAGUGACUGAUGACGAUGGGGUGGUUCGUGUUUUUGAAAUACCAAAGAGUCUCUAUGUGCCGUCCAGGAAUGAGAGUGUGAGUGUGAAGAAGUACUUUGAACGGGAGGUAAACAGGUUGACGGACUAUUUGAAGAGGCACGAUCUGUGGUCCAGUCAGAAGAGAGAGGCUGAAGAUCACAGGAAGGAACUGGUUCAAUCCCAGGAGCCCAUCAAAGCUGCGAGGCCGAAGGUGGAGACACAAGAUGUGGAGACGAGGGACUACACUGAUUAUCAGAGACUGGAGGAAAACGUCCUGAAGAGCAUUGGACCAUAACCACAUAGUGUUUUUAUUUUUAUUUUUUUUAAUUCCUUUGCCAAAAAGGAAAAAAGUCUGUUUUUAUAAAGGGAAAUAUCAGCAUUUUAAUAUUUAAUUUUUAAAAAAGGAGAAGCUGUAACAGGUCAAGACUGUGCACACACACACACACACACACACACACACACAGGUGUGUCUCAGCUGUGGUCAAUCACACACACUCACUCCAGCCCAUGUCACUUCUUCAUGUCAGUGGAUGUGAAAACCAGGCCUUCUGUCUACUCUUAGGUAACAAUUCCAAACACUUCGUCACCACAUGACACAAUAUCUGAGAUUUUUCCACCUUUUAAAUUAAAUAAAUAAUAAUUUUUUAAUAAAUAAAAAGUUUUUAAAAAACUUGUUGAGUUUAAGGGCUAAAGGUUGUGGGUUCAACUCUACCUUUUCACUUAUUCCAUAUUGAGUUUUACACUGAUGCCAUAGUUAUAUAUACCAUAUAAAAACCUGCUGUUAUAUU